AUGACCGCGGAGGUCUGCUCGGAGCUCUGCAGCGCGUACCAGUAUUACGGAACGCAGCACUCGACCGAGGUCGACGCACGGUGUGGAGGACCAGCGGGUCGGCGCUUCCUUCGACCACACUCGUUAACUGGAAAUCGUGUGCUGUUCUCUCCCGCCAGUGAUUGA